AUGGCCGACGUCCUCGACAUAAACGACGCCGUCGACAUCGACGUGGAAGACGACGGCGAGCAGAGCGUCCUCCGCCUCAAAGACAAAGUCGUGAGACGCAAGGGCCGCGGCUUCGGCCCCGGCGAGGGCCGAGAGCACGAAAAAAUAAGGGGCUACGAGUCCAUUGAAGCCGGAGAACACGGCGACGAACCAGGGCCCCAAAAAUCCGUGGAAGGCUGGAUUCUGUUCGUGACCUCUGUCCAUGAAGAAGCCACCGAGGAUGACCUCAACGAGAAGUUCUCAGAGUACGGUACCAUCAAGAACAUCAGCAUCAAUUUAGACAGGCGGACGGGGUUCUUGAAGGGGUAUGCUUUGAUUGAGUAUGGGAGCUAUGAGGAUGCUGCUAGUGCUAGAGAGGCCCUGAAUGGGUCGGCUCUGUUGGGGCAGACGAUAGGGGUGGACUGGUGUUUCGUUAAGGGGGCCAAAAAGUCGAAGAAACGCAGCAGGAGGCAUUGA